ACAAUUCAUAAUUCACUACUUCUCUUGUGAAGCAAAACAUGAAAUCUUUAUUUGCUUUGGUAGUCCCUCUUUUCUUGCUUCUCUCGAUUUUGAGCAGCAUCAAUGCAAGAAAAGAUUUGGAUGAAUAUUGGAAAGGUGUCACUAAAGAUCAACCUGUGCCAGAAGCAAUGCAAAAGCUUCUUCAAGCCUCAGAUGAGAAAACCAAUUGUCACACAACUAAAACUCUUGAGCCAAAUGCAGACCUUAAAAUCUACCACAAUGAUGACUUUCUUAAAGAAGGUAAGAGUUCAUUUCUUCAACAAUUUGAGCCAAGACCUGACGUCUCUAUUUAUCAUAAUGAUAUUGGUCUCAAAACAAGAAUAUCACUAGAAUCACUAGAUGAAAGCCCAUUUGUUAAAGAGUUUGAGCCGAGACCUGAUGUCUCCAUUUACCAUAACGAUAUUGGUCUCAAAACAAAAAUAUCACUAGAUGAGAGCCCAUUUGGUAAAGAGUUCGAGUUGAAACCUGAUGUCUCCAUUUACCAUAACCAUAUUGGUCUCAAAACAGAAAAACUGCCAAAUAAGAAUCCAUUUGUUAAAGAGUUUGAGCCGAGACCUGAUGUCUCCAUUUACCAUAAUGAUAUUGGUCUCAAAACAGAAAAGUUGCUAAAUAAGAACCCAUUUGUUAAAGAGUUUGAGCCCAGACCGAAUGUCUCCAUUUACCACAAUAAUAUUGGUCUCAAAACAAAAAAGCCGUUAGAUGAUAGUGCAUUCAAUAAAGAGUUUGAAUCAAAACCUGAUGUUUCUAUUUACCAUAACAAUAUUGAUCUCAAACUAAAAAAUUCACCAGAUGAGAGUUCAUAUAAUAAAGAGUUUGAGCCGACACUUGCUGUCACUAUCUACCAUAACGAUAUUGAUCUUCAAGCAAAAGAGCAAUCAGAUGAGAGGUUAGUUGGUAAAGAGUUUGAGGCGAAACCUGAUGUUACCAUCUACCAUAAUGAUAAAAAUUUCACCGAAGCCUGAUAUCACUGUUUAUCACAACUAUAUUGAUCUCAAAGCAGAAAGUUAACGUGAUGCAAUAUCCAUGCACAGAUUGUGAAACAUCUGUGUCUUAUGUAUUCAAAAAUAAGAAUUUUCAAGUUUUUAUUUGAUAUUGUGCUUUUCUUUUAAAGAGCUUGAUCUUUGUAAAAGUGCAGUUCUUCUUCUCAAUGUAAUCCCAUCCUAUGUAUUUAAUAAAUUUCAUUGAUGGAUAAUUGUGAGCA